GAUUGGCUGACGAGACGGGUAUUGGGCAAUUUUCUGAGUGUGACUCAGCUGCACGAUUUCGUAAAUUGGAACCAUCUGGUUCUCUAGAUUUGUGUAUAAAUACAUCAGAUCCAACCUCCAGAAACUAUUACUACUGAUGACAAGCAUACAGACAAGCAUCUCAAAGAAGACUAUUAUUGCCAAUACAGUGCGAAAAAAUCAUUCGACGGGAGAAAUCAGCUACAGUAUGAACAUGUCUAUUACAGUGAAAGCAUAUUUGCAGACUGCCGACGACAGUCAAGAAAUUCGUCGAUUUGCUGUGGAUCAGGGUGCAUCCACAAGCUACGAGUACCUGUCUACGAAAAUAACACAGGUAUUCCCAUCUAUUGGAAGAUCGGAUUCAUUUACCCUCUCAUACAGAGAUAGUGAGGGUGACUUGAUUGCUUUCUCUAGUGAUGAAGAAUUAGUUGACGCUCUUGGUCAGCUCAGUGAAGAUAUCUUCCGAGUCUACAUCAAACUGACUGGUAAAAAAGUCUCCCAUGAUGAGUCAAAAUGUGGUGAGAAAGUCCUUCAUCCCGGGGUGAUCUGUGAUGGAUGCGAAGGUCGAAUCUUUGGACCACGUUUCAAGUGUGCGGUGUGUCCAGACUAUGAUCUGUGUAAAGGGUGUGAGGAGAAAGGACUUCACCCAGAUCAUGAGAUGAUUAAGAUUCGUAAACCACAGAUUGGUCGUAGCCAUAUGGGGGGAUUCUCCUUCCGUCCUGGUCUCUGGCAACUCUUUGCUGGUGGUUUACGUCCCAGAAUGGCUCAGGAAUGGAACCGUAUGUGGAGACAAAGAAACCAAGAACAAACAGAGAAGUGUCCUGAAGGUGAUGCACCAGCCGAAGAAGGCGCUUCUGAGAAUCCAACUGAGGGGGCCAACCCACAGGAGGAGUAUCUGAAAAAUGUUGGUGAUGCAGUGGCUGACAUGUUGGGACCAUUUGGUAUUGAUGUUGACGUUGAUGUAGAACACCAUGGUAUGCGUAAACGUUGUGGUAAAGGUCCUGGUCCUGGUCAUCCAUGGGGAAGAGGUCCACAUGGUUGUGGUAGAGGACGUGGAGGUCGUGGUGGUCAAGGUGGAAGAUGCCAACGUCGCAAGGCUCAAGCUGAGGCAAAAGCUGGUGCUGCUAAAGAAGCAACUUCAACUGACAACCAAGAAGCAAUGAAUGAGAAUACUCCAAAGAAUCAUGAAGAAACUGCUUCACCAAUGGAAACUGAUGUUCCUGCCAAGGAAGGGCAAGGUGGAUCUAGUGAUGAAAAUGAUUGGACAGUUGUACAAGACCCGGUCAGUUCUGCACCCCAAGAUGGCACCCCUGCAAAAGAUAGUGGAUUAGCACAAGCAUUGAAACAGAUGAAAGCUAUGGGGUUUGAUGAUGAAGGUGGUUGGUUAACUAGCCUGUUAGAAGCCAAGGGUGGUGAUAUUGGUCGUGCAUUGGAUGCUAUCAAGAUGGGCCAUCACGCAAAGUGAACAUACCCACUACAAUGGAACCUACAUUGUGACUUGACAUGGAUUUGCUGAUACUGAUUUUAUCCACAUUAUAAAUAUGUUUUUAGCUUUAUCAUUAUUUAGGUGUAUUCAAAUGUGUUGACUUAAUUGAUAUGCGCUACAAAUGACCCAGUGACUGAUAACAUUUCACAAAACAUCUUUCUGAAAAAUGCAAUUUGAACCAUUUGUUUUCGAUUAUGAUUUGGAUUCUUUUUUUCUCUCCAAAUUUUAAAAAUUAGUUUUGAAAUGACUGCAUUAUUUAUUUAUUUGGAUUUAUGAAGAUGAGACCAAUAAUGCACGUUUUCAAUUGUUUAAUUAAUACGACCAAAAUAUGGCAAUAUAUUUAGAGUAUAUUUCACUGUUAAACCAUCAGUGGGAAUUACAGAUACAAAUUAUAUUAUGCCAAUUAUAAAGCUGGCACAUUUUUAAAAUGUCAUCACUGGGUCAGUCAAUAUUAAUCGUAUAUAACCAAAAAAAAAGGACUGGCAGGAACCCAUGAAUGUUUCCUACAAUAAUGAAUAACAGAAUUCUACUGUUUACCAGUUAAUAUAGCUUGUGUAUGGGAAAGCCUAGGAAAGGAAAAUCAUGGGUUCCAUGCAGUGUGUCCUUUUUAUUAUCGUUUGUGGAAGGCAGACAGACAACUAUUUUCAUAUGCCUCGGGACACUUGACCCAGCUAUCAAACAAAUGUUUAGCUGGUCAUGUUGGACCGAAACUCUCAAAUUUCAAAUUGAGGGGAAAAGUAGGAUGGCUGUCGGUUUUAUUGCACGGACGAGUCAACACUGCAAUACAUUUUGGUGAUUGAGUCUCAGCAUUGGUUGUUUUCAUCAAUAUAUUGCGUAGUCAGUAGAAAGCAUUGACAAAAUGUUGAGUUUCACAGUUAAGAAGAAAGGCCAAUAUUCCACCAAAUAAAGUUAUUUACCUGGAAAUCUGUUUACAUUAAGAGAUUUCAUGAAAGCACAAAUAACUUAUUGCCACAUAAAUAAAUUUAUCAGAGUUUUAAGGAAAUGGUAUUUAAUUUUUUAACUUUGUAUGGAUUUACCGCAUGGGUAUUAAACUGUUGAAACUUA